AUCGUCCCCAACUAUAGUUGGGACUGGUCCCAACUUGAGUGUUAAAGUUGGGGCGUCUUAACAACAUUUUAUCUGGUAGUGGUAGUGGUAGGGAUGGUCUCAACUAUAGUUGGGACAGUCAUCAUGGUCAUUGGGACUCUGGCUGAACGGGUUCGGCUGACCUGAACUACUUGUGAAUCGCAACCCUCAUCUCUUGACAGCCUGAGGGAGGAGGGUUGUUACGAAUCGCAAGGCUGAACAAGAUUGGAACAAGCAUCUUAUUCAACCCUUGGGAUGCAUCGGUCCCUGCACACAACAGUGGUUGAGGAGGAGAUAUUGAAGUUCCGUAGACUGUCUGAAUCUUGGUGGGAUGAGAAUGGUGCAUUCCAGGCAUUACACAGCCUCAACGAUAUACGCAUACCACUCAUUAGAGAUGGUCUGGUCAGAAAAGGUCAAGGGUCAGGUCAAACUUUAGCCAGGCCACAACCACUCACUGACUCUGUCAUCUUGGAUGUUGGAUGUGGAGGAGGAAUUCUUUCAGAGCCAUUGGCCAGGUUAGGAGCAAGAGUGACUGGUAUUGAUGCUGCAUUGGAGAACAUUGAAGUGGCUCAACAACAUGCUUCUCAUGAUCCUCUGUUACACAGAGGACUGAGGUAUAUGUGUAUAACAGCAGAGGAACUAUUAGAGACAGAGAGAGGUGUGUUUGAUGCAGUUGUUGCGUCUGAGGUGCUGGAACAUGUUAGUGAUGUAGAGGGGCUGGUAGCGACGUGUUCACAGUUGACUAAGCCUGGAGGUUCGAUAUUCUUCACCACUAUUAACAAGACGUGGCUGUCCUAUGCUUUAGCAGUAAUUGGGGCUGAGGACAUAGCGAGGGUUGUACCACAUGGCACUCAUGACUGGACUAAGUUUAUCCCUCCAGAUGAUUUGCAGAGGUUUCUUGAAGCAAAUGACUGUAACAUGAGAUUAGUGCAUGGGAUGAUUUUGAAUCCAAUCACAAUGCGCUGGUCAUGGGGGUCUCCCAAGGCAUGUAACUAUGCCAUCCAUGCUAUCAAGAAUGAUAGAUCACAAACGGACUUUGAUGAAAUUGAGGAAACACAAAGUUGACUCCAUGGGUCAGACUCUCCUGAGAUGAUUUAAGAAUCCUCCAAUGCGCCAACAGAGGGCAGUAUUCCACACCAAACCUUAACUUGCUGUACUUCACUAGCUCCAAUCAACCCGAGGAUCAUCUUGAAGACAGUAUACAACAUGCAGAAAACCAUGAAUAAUAAGUUUCCAUCUUCUGAUGUUCUCGACCUCGGCCAACCCUUGCAACAGGGUCUCUUCUGGAAGUCCAAUUUGGUCUUCCCUUGCACUACCAGGAGGAGUACCGGGAGGAGUACCAGGAGGAGUACCAGGAGGAGUACCGGGACCUUGCUUUUGCUCAAACCAUGGAAUUCUUUAUGUCCAUCUGGAAGGCUUCAUCUCUUGAGCAGUUUAAGGGACUCUAAGAAAAACUAUAAAUACAAAUAAAUAUGAAUAGUAAACUUGUGGGUACAACCAUGAGUAAGAUCUCUUUUGAAGGAGUGGUGGCUCUGAAAAGAGCUGGUUUGGUCUCGACGUUUCGAACAGUACACUCGUUUCGAACAGAACAGUCUUCAGGAGAAGCGACUCUAUUAACUACCAGUCAAGAACUAUCGAUCACCAUCCAACCUGCCAACAGAGGGCAGUAUUUAAUUGGGUAGUGCUAUCUACCACAGACAGUCCUAAAACCACAAGGCUGAUGAUAACAACUGACUGUUAGCAGCUGUCUGCCUAACCAAUCAAUCAAUUGUUAAAUUAAUAAGGCGCUAAUCCAACAGUCAUUGGUCAUGGCGCUGUACAAUAAGCUAAACAAAAACAGUUUCAUUCUUCAUAACUACUACAGAAGGCACACAAACUUCCAGCAGAGUUUUUAGUGCAGACAAUAUAAACAAGUACAUUUUCCUACUUUAAUUAGCAACCAAAUUUGCUUACCAGUGAAUGGGUUUAAAGUCCAAGGCUUAGGCAUAAUAAAAGAAAUUGUACAUCAGCCCAACUGGUGUUUUACCAUUGAAAAAUAACAAUCAAAACAAAUUUUAUAUCAGACAAAAAGAGUGUAAUAAAUUUAAUGUGAGUUUUGGGAUGAAAUAAAAUGUAAAAUAUGUAGACCGUAUUGAAUGCGACUAUAUCAUUCAAAUAGCCUGUCCCACAACAUGGCGCGGGGUGUGCGUGUGGGCGGUAUGUGCAUGCUUCAUUGAUAUAUGCAUUUAGACACACCCAUACAGUCUGCCCUAACAUAUGGCCACUUUCAUAGCAACAAAGGAGUUAUUUGAUAUUGUCUAUUGUUUCUGUAACUGUAUUGAGAAACAAUAAAAUAGCAUAUAUAGAAUGUUU